AAUAUCUUUAUAGAUUUUAUCAUAUAUCUACCAGAAAACCAGAGUUAUAAUACUAUUUUAGUUAUUAUAGAUUAUUUAAUUAAAAUAAAGUAUCUAAUCCCCUAUAACUUAACUAUAAAUACACCUGCCAUAGCCACAAUAUAUAUAUAA